CAGCGCGCAUGCGCCCGAGCUUUCUGCCGGAAGCUGCUAUUUAUAUGUCCGGGCUGUGGUGAAAGAAAACGCAGGUUGUGAGCUCGGUGUGACUGGGGCGGACGGCUGCGCUGAACACAAUGGCGGAGCCGGGGGAUAACAGGAGCGUGAACCAGCUGGCCGCAGAGACUGCAAGUCUUGAGGAGCACUUCCAAGGAUGGGGUGAGGUGGUCCUGCUUGCUGACCGUACCCUUCGCUGGGAGAAGCCUUGGUUUCCAGCAGCUGUAAUGGGAGCAGUGUCUUUUAUAUUUCUGAUGAUCUAUUACCUGGACCCUUCGGUGCUCUCUGGUGUUUCCUGUUUCAUCAUGUGUCUAUGCCUGGCUGACUAUCUAGUUCCCACACUGGCUCCUAGAAUCUUUGGUUCAAACACAUGGACCACUGAGCAGCAGCAGAGGCUGCAUGAGAUCUGCAGUAACCUUGUAAAGACCCGCAGGAGGAUCAUUGGAUGGUGGAGACGCCUCUUUGUCCUAAAAGAGGAGAAGCCCAAGAUGUACUUCAUGUCGAUGAUCACAGCUCUUGCCAUCGUGGCUUGGAUCGGACAGCAGGUUCACAACCUCUUCCUCACAUACAUUAUCGUGAGCUUUGUCUUGUUAAUUCCUGGCCUCAACAAACACGGGAUCAUCACGAAAUUUGUUGGAAUGGGGAAGCGUGAGGUGAACAAACUGCUGAAGCAAAAAGAGAAGAAGAAUGAGUAAUGUUCUGCAAGAUUGUAAAGGAAAACUUCCAUGGGAGCAUUUUAUUGUUUUUGGGGGCUAAAAGACUUGUCUGACCUUAACGUUCCUGUUAUGUUCCCCAAUAACUGCCAAUGCUGUAUCUGUGUUGCACUGAAAUUCAAACCUCUUAAGUAUGAAAAGUCUUCGCCCCUGAAUGCUGUCCUCGUCUCUUGUGUUUCUUUACCACUUUAAGUGUUUUCCACUCUUGUAAAUAUUCUUUAUUUUGAUGUGUCUUGUGAUAUUGUGUUUUUGCUUUCUGUACCUUGCAAAGUAAAUGUAUGUCUUCCUGUAAAUGGAUGAAAUAAAAUGUAGAAUAACCAGAA